AUGAAAAUUAACUGCAACUUAAAUGGUUUUUGGCAAGGACCCAAAAUACACUCGGUAAACUCCUUGCUGCUCUCCAACCUCACCAGCCUCUCCAACCUCGCCAGCCUCUCCAACCUCGCCAGCCUCUCCAACCUCACCAGCCUCUCCAACCUCACCAGCCUCUCCAACCUCACCAGCCUCUCCAACCUCGCCAGCCUCUCCAACCUCACCAGCCUCUCCAACCUCACCAGCCUCUCCAACCUCACCAGCCUCUCCAACCUCGCCAGCCUCUCCAACCUCGCCAGCCUCUCCAACCUCACCAGCCUCUCCAACCUCACCAGCCUCUCCAACCUCACCAGCCUCUCCAACCUCGCCAGCCUCUCCAACCUCACCAGCCUCUCCAACCUCACCAGCCUCUCCAACCUCACCAGCCUCUCCAACCUCGCCAGCCUCUCCAACCUCGCCAGCCUCUCCAACCUCACCAGCCUCUCCAACCUCACCAGCCUCUCCAACCUCACCAGCCUCUCCAACCUCACCAGCCUCUCUAACCUCACCAGCCUCUCUAACCUCACCAGCCUCUCCAACCUCGCCAGCCUCUCCAACCUCACCAGCCUCUCCAACCUCACCAGCCUCUCCAACCUCACCAGCCUCUCCAACCUCGCCAGCCUCUCCAACCUCACCAGCCUCUCUAACCUCACCAGCCUCUCCAACCUCGCCAGCCUCUCCAACCUCACCAGCCUCUCCAACCUCACCAGCCUCUCCAACCUCGCCAGCUUCUCCAACCUCACCAGCCUCUCUAACCUCACCAGCCUCUCCAACCUCACCAGCCUCUCUAACCUCACCAGCCUCUCCAACCUCGCCAGCCUCUCCAACCUCACCAGCCUCUCCAACCUCACCAGCCUCUCCAACCUCACCAGCCUCUCCAACCUCACCAGCCUCUCUAACCUCACCAGCCUCUCCAACCUCGCCAGCCUCUCCAACCUCACCAGCCUCUCCAGCGAAGUAUAUGUCAGCACUCGGCUAGUUGAGCCUACCAGCACCGAUGCUCCUGGCUUGUCUGAGGUCGGUAGCCGCGCGCUCCUGUGCGCACACAGAUCAACACUCCUGUGCGCACACAGAUCAACACUCCUGUGCGCACACAGAUCAACACAGCUGGGGCUUCGGCUCCCACGCAGCCAUGAGGACUCUGCAUAUGCUGUUCGCCCCGAGGGAAACUGA